CGACCUCCGUUACCAAGCAACGGGAUGCCCCGGCGAGAAGCGACAGAGCAGAACGCGUGCGGGAGGCAGUUGGAGAGAGCUUGAGCAGCAAUGAGCCCCGCCAGCCAUCCAGAGGAAGAGGAUGAAGUCGACUCCGUUCUCCUUUCCGCGUCCAAGAUCCUGAGUUCCUCCGAGGGGGUAAAGGAAAGGGGUGGCAGAGAAACAGAAUACGGCUGCAUAUCAGAAUCAGAAAAUCAAAUCCAACCACAGUCAGCAUUGAAAGUCCUUCAACAUCAGUUGGAAUCAUUUCAGGCCCUUCGAAUACAGACUUUGCAGAAUGUUAGCAUGGUACAAUCUGAAAUCAGUGAAAUAUUGAACAAAAGUAUCAUUGAAGUUGAAAGCCCACAAUUCAGCUCAGAAAAAAAUCUUGUAUUCAGCACACACACUGAAAAGGAUUUGCCUAUCGAGACUCAACAAGAAAUUCUUUCUAUGGAAAAAACUCAUCCUUUUGAGGAUGCCAGGACUCUGCAUUCCGUGGAAGAAAAAUUGGGUAGCAAUAGCGUCAAGAGUCUCUCGCAAAGUACGAAUCCUCCAUCCCAGAUGGACCUCAAGGAUGUAUUAACUCUGAGAACGUUAGCAGACACUUCAACUGCAAACAUAAUCAUGAACCCUUCAGAAAAGUCUGACAUGUUGAAGAAUUAUAAUAACUUUUAUACGUUUCUGCCUACCGUGCCUGCAACUGUGACAUCUCAAGCUGAUUCUGCCAUUCCAGGUAAAUCCAAAAUUACUGUGCCUUUCCUAAAGCACGGAUUUUAUGAAAACUUGGAUGAUAUUUGCCACUCUAUCAAGCAAAUGAAGAAAGAGCUUCAAAAGUCACAUGAUAGGGAGCUGGCACUUACAAACGAACUCCAAACCUUAAAAGCUGAUAUGAGUAGUCAGAGUAAUGGUAAACAUGACUUGUCCCCCAUUCACAAAGAAAAAAUUAACUUUGUUGAGGAACAAAACGUAGAAAGUAACCUAAGCGAAGAUAUGAAAUCAAAGAGAAUUUCAGAAUUAGAGACAUUAAUAACAAAAUUACUCCCAUUCAGGGACACGGUGUCAAAACUCCACGUGAAUUUUUGUAGGAAAUGUAGAAAAUUAUCUAAGAGUGAACUACACAGGGGAAGGAAGUUUGAGAAAAACAAUAAAGAAAUUCCCAUCACUGGCAAAAAUAUUACAGAUUUAAGAUUUCAUUCCAGAAUUCCAAGACAUACACUAUCAUUCCUUGACCAAACAAAAUUUGAAAUGAAAGACAGAGAAAAGCAACCAUUUGUAAUAAAACAUGGAUCAAUAAUAUCUGAAAAUGAGAAUCCAUCCAAAGUCAGUUCUGUUACUGAUCAGUGUGUUGCCAAAAUUCAGUACUUACAGAAUUACCUAAAAGAAUCUAUGCACAUACAGAAAAAAGUAACAGAACUGGAAGAUGAAAAUCUAACCCUUAAAACUAAAAUAAAACCCCUUAUCUUUACCACACAAUCUCUGAUACAGAAAAUAGAAACAUACGAAAAGCAGCUUAAAAAUUUGGUUGAAGAAAAGAGUACUAUUCAGUCCAAGUUAAUUAAGACAGAAGAAGAUGGCAAAGAAUGUCUUAAAGAAUUGAAAAAGAUAAUUAAUAAAUUUAAUGCCCUCCAAAGCCAAAAUAAAACUCUAGAGGAAAAAAAUUGUCAACUUUCUUUGGAGAAGCAACAAAUAAUAGAAGCAUUAGAUCAAUUAAAAAACAAGGAACACAAAACUCAAAAUGAUAUGGCCAUUGUCAAUAAUGAAAAUAAUCGAAUGAAUAUAGAAAUGGAAGCAAUGAAAACAAACACCCUAUUGAUGCAAGAUGAAAAAAAAAUGUUAGAAAAAAAAACAUGCCAGCUUCUAAAGGAAAAAAGCUCCCUUGAAAACGAACUAAAAGAAAACCAGCUAGAGAUUAUGCAGAUGAAAGAGAAAGAAUUGUUGGCAAAAGCUGAACAAGAGACACUUCUACAAAUAAUAGACACAGUUAAAAAUGAAAAACUUACUCUCGAAACAACAUUACAAGAAUCUACUGCUGCUAGACAAAUGAUAGAAAACGAAAUUGAGAAUAUCCAAACCUACCAAUCUACUGCAGAAGAAAAUUAUCGGAAAGAAAUAAACAAUGCAAAAUCAGAAGCAAAUAUUUAUAAAAACAGCUUGUCAGAAAUCAGUAAGGAAUGUGAAAUGUUAUCAAAAAUGGUCGUGGAAAUGAAAACAGAUAAUCAGAUUCUAAAAGAAGAGCUAAAGAAACAUACUCAAGAAAAUUUAAAAUUUGAGAACAGCAUCAGUAGACUUACUGAAGACAAAAUACUUUUAGAAAACUACGCAAGAAGUAUAGAAAAUGAAAGGGAUACCUUAGAAUUUGAGAUGCGGAAUCUUCAACGAGAAUAUUUAAGUUUAAGUGAUAAAAUUUGUAGUCAGCACGGUGACCUGUCAAAAACAGCUUAUGUUUCAAGAAGAGAGAAAUUUCACUUUGACCACUAUGUUACACUUGAAGAUGCUUCUAGUCCAAGGAGUAGGCCCCUGGCUCCUGACUUGAAAGGAAUUUCAAGUAAACUGUAUCAAUUGUUUCCAUCCAAGACAUGUAAAUAAAUUUUUUAAAUAAAUGUUUCAAAAGCC